AGCGGCGGCGGCGGCGGCGGCGGCUCCUCGCCCUCGGCCAGCGCCUCUCUCCGCGCCUCUCGUCCGUCAGCCCCGGCCGAGGGGAAAGGGGGGAAGAGGAGGGGAAAAAAAGCAGCUCCAAGAUUCGAACUCAGGUUCUCCUGACUCCAGGUCCAGUGCUUUCCCACUACCACUCAGCCUCUAAAAGGAGUUAAACAGACAAUCUGCUUCAUCUUGAAUCUGCAGCAUUCCAGGAUAGUGGUGUCCUUGGGGCUCUUUCUUAGCAUUGAUAUGGUACAGAAGAUUUAAAAUCAGCUGAUGUUCACAAGGAAUAGAGUCACGUGAUGUAUGAAGGGAAACACAUACACUUCUCUGAGGUUGACAAUAAGCCCUUGUGCUCAUAUAGCCCCAAACUGUGCAAGCAGCGGCGGCUCAACGGCUACGCUUUCUGUAUCAGACACGUUCUGGAGGACAAGACUGCCCCCUUCAAGCAAUGUGAAUAUGUGGCCAAGUAUAACAGCCAGCGCUGCACGAACCCCAUCCCCAAAUCUGAGGAUCGCAGGUACUGCAACAGCCAUUUGCAGGUACUUGGCUUUAUACCGAAAAAAGAGAGGAAGAAAAAGAAUGAUCCAAUAGAGGAGGUGAAGGCCAGGCACCAAAUGGAUACCAUGGCCUUCAGCCUGACGGUGCCCACGCUGGCCUUGAAGAUGCCCAAUGGACUUGAUGGAAUGUCCCUGUCACCACCAGGGGCAAGGGUCCCUCUCCAUUAUUUGGAGACAGAGUUGGAAGAUCCAUUUGCUUUCAAUGAGGAAGAUGAUGACCUGAAGAAAGGGGCAACUGUGAGGAAGAAGUUGCAGAGUAAGUUGGCCCAGAAUCGGCAACGCCAGAGAGAGACAGAGAUUUUAAAAGUCCGCCAAGAGCACUUUAGCCCCCCUCCUGCACCUUUGCAGCAGCAGCCUCUGCAGCAACACGCCCAUCUGCCACCUUUAUCCACUUCUUCAAAGCCUCCAGGGCUGCCGCAGGGUUUAGUCUGCAAGUCCCCUCCACCUCAGAACACCAGCCUACCAAUGCAGGGAGUGGCGCCCACCACACACACUAUAGCACAAGCACGGCAGUUGUCCAGAAGAGACCCUCUGCCUCUCCUGCCAUCCGGUAGGGCUCCUGCUGUGGACCCACCCAGGACUGACCGGGUCCUCAUGAAAGCCACAGCCUUUUCUCCACACUCAGCCUGCAUGAGUCGGCUGCAGAGACUGGUGAAACUGUGCACUCGGAGACAGCAGCUGGACACAGAUCUGUUUCCCCAUUUAGGACUGGACUGGUCUGAAGAUAGCGGAGAAGAAUUGGAGGAAUCAGACCAAGCCUCACCAUACCAGGUUGCAUGGUCCAUCCGAGAAACCCUCAGAUAUGAGAGACAAGAGUCAGAUGAUGAUGAGACAGAUAGCAGGAGCUCCAGGGUGACCCAACUUUGCACUUACUUUCAGCAGAAAUAUAAGCACCUCUGCCGCCUGGAGCGGGCAGAAUCUCGUCAAAAGAAAUGCCGGCAUACAUUUCGGAAAGCCUUGCUGCAGGCGGCCAGUAGAGAACCAGAAUGUGCUGGGCAAUUGAUACAAGAACUCCGAAAAGCUGCAUGCACUCGAACCAGCACAAACCGGGCUCAAUUGAAGGAGGUAGAACCAGCACCAUGUAGUGGAAUGGUGAAGGGGGAACCAUGCACUAAUAAAGCCCUUCCGUUCACCAGACAUUGUUUUCAACAUAUCCUCUUGAACCGCUCUCAGCAGCUCUUCUCAAGUUGCACAGCUAAGUUUGCAGAUGGACAGCAGUGUUGUGUGCCAGUUUUUGACAUUACACACCAGACACCUCUGUGUGAAGAACAUGCCAAAAAAAUGGAUAAUUUUUUGAGAGGAGAUAGCUCCCGUAAAGUUCAGCACCAGCAGCAGAGGAAACCCAGGAAAAAAACAAAGCCACCUGCACUUACCAAAAAACAUAAGAAGAAAAGGAGGCGUGGACCACGUCGGCCGCAGAAACCCAUUCCCCCUGCAGUGCCCCAAGGAAACCUCAGCAUGCCCACCAGCGUCUCACUGCCAGUGGAAAUCUCCCAGAUGCGGAGCCCUUCCACACCGGAGCUGAGUACUGACGAGCUGCCUGAUGACAUUGCCAAUGAGAUCACUGACAUUCCACAUGACUUGGAAUUAAAUCAGGAGGACUUUUCAGAUGUCCUGCCACGGCUACCCGAUGACUUACAAGAUUUUGAUUUUUUUGAAGGUAAGAAUGGAGACCUCCUUCCUACCACAGAAGAGGCGGAGGAACUUGAACGGGCUUUGCAGGCUGUAACUUCCCUUGAGUGCCUGAGUACCAUUGGAGUACUUACCCAGUCAGACGGUGUGCCAGUUCAGGAGCUUUCAGAGAGAGGCAUUGGGGUGUUCUCCGCAGGUACUGGAGCUUCAGGAAUACAGUCCUUGAGCCGAGAAGUUAACACAGACCUAGGGGAGCUGCUGAAUGGGCGUAUCGUGCACGAUAAUUUCUCUAGUCUAGAGCUGGAUGAGAACUUGCUCCGUUCUGCUAGCUUGUCUAACCCACCUACACCCCUGGCAGGGCAGAUCCAGGGGCAGUUCUCUGCCCCAGCCAACGUUGGCCUUACUUCUGCUACUCUGCUCAGCCAGAGUGCGCUUGGGGAGAGAGCCUUCCCAGGACAGUUUCAUGGACUUCAUGACGGCAGCCAUGCCUCCCAGAGGCCACACCCUGCCCAGCUGCUGAGCAAGGCAGAUGACCUAAUCACCUCACGACAGCAAUACAGCAGUGAUCAUUCACACUCCUCGCCCCACGGAAGCCAUUAUGACAGCGAGCACGUGCCGUCUCCCUACAGUGAUCAUAUCACCUCUCCCCACGCCACGACCUUCUCUGGCGAGAGCAUGGCAGCUACCUUCUCAGCAGAAAUGCCCAUCAUGUCACAGCACUUGCUCCCAACCCAGCUCGAGGUGCCCCUCGGCGGAGUGGUGAACCCCAGAACUCACUGGGGCAAUCUCCCUGUCAACCUGGGGGACCCAUCUCCGUUUAGCAACCUUCUCGGCGCAGAUGGACAUCUCCUUUCCACUUCCCUGUCCACACCGCCUACCACCUCGAACUCAGAGACCACGCAACCUGCCUUCGCCACUGUGACCCCUAACAGCUCGAGUGUGCUUCCGGGGUUACCGCAGACCAGCUUUAGUGGCAUGGGGCCUUCUUCUGCUGACUUGAUGGCCUCCGCCAAGCAGCAGCUCCCUCAGUUCAGUGCGGCCUUCGGCCACCAGCUGAGCUCUCACAGCGGCAUUCCGAAGGACCUGCAGCCCAGCCACAGCUCGAUAGCCCCUCCGACAGGCUUCACAGUGACAGGUGCCACUGCUACCAGUACCAAUAAGUCAUCUUCUCCCUUCACCGCCCCUAACUGAGAGGCGUGUCUGCGUGUUUGCAGGCAGGUGGGGACCCUGUGUUUUCUGUGUUUAGUUUCCUCUGUAGGCAUCCCUUCCCGCUUCCCCUUCUUCAGCAUUUUAAAAAACAAGGUCGGGGCCAGCGGGAAGUUCCCCUGAAGUGAACCUUGCUUCAGUGUUCACGUGUGCUCUGUCCACCGGUGCUCCUUUCCUCCCGACAGGUUCACGUUACCCUCACGUUUUCCUUAGCGGUUCAGCACAGUGACUGGAUGCCAUUGAUUUUUAGCAGUGAGACUGAGAAAUGAGAAGAUACCUCAGAUAACCAGUGCCCUUUACUACUUCCUAGGGUUCAGAUCAAUACUUUCCAUCCCAUUGCCAGAUUUUAUAAGAGGCGGUUCUGGAUAGAUGGCUAAUUUACUGAGUCCCCAUUUAAGAAAAUAGCUAAUGGUGUGGAGAGGUGGGUUAGGCCUCUAGCCUAAUACUAGUCUGCUGAAACACUGCAUUGAGACUAGAGCUCCAUUCUGAAGUAGGACAGUGCUCAAGAAGAGAAAAAUGGCUUUUGACCUCCUCUGUGUAUGUUUGUCCAUGUGUGCUUGUGUGUAUGAAUGUAUAGGCAGGAAGCAAUUGUCCUGUAUUUUUCUAAUAAGGAAAAGAGGUUUUUGCUUACUUUCCUCCUUUUCCCCAAUUCCCAACCUUACUGAAAUCCAUCAUUCUUUCCUACUGUGUGUUAACUUGGAUUUAUUGAUUAGUGAGGGAAGUGACCUGUUUGUGUGAGUUGCACUUUUGUAAUCAGCAGCUUUUUCUUCUGAAGGUUAGGAGCCCAAGGAAGAAAAGAGUCAAAGGCAAAGAUUGAUUGGUAAACAGAAUGAGAGACUUAAGAGUCCCAGGAAAAAGUGGCCAGAAUUAUUAUAAGGUUUCUGUGGCCUCAUAGCAGCAUUUAUUGUUAGGCUAGCAUUUGUUUUUCAAUCCUUUUCAUGAAAUCUAUUUGCCAGAAGUAACUGAAGAAAUUAUUUUGGUGUGCAAAGCAGGAUAAGUCAAAUGGAUUUCAAAAAUUGGGAAUCUAUGAAUUCCUUAAGCCAUCUAUUGCUUUAGAAUUUUUUCAUUUUCUUAGUUGUGACUUUUUAGUAGGAGUUGUAAAAUGUUGAAGACACUUAUGAAAUCAAUGUUCCUAUUAUGAAAUAAUUGUAAUAACUGAGGGGUACACUGAUAGUUUUUGUUAAAGCAAACCCAGAUAUUAGAAAUUAUUCUUAAAUUCACCUACCUCCUAAUUUUAUUCAAAUAAUUUAAAUACUUAGGUGCAAGUCAAUUUGGAUUUGUUAGUGUAAGUAGAAUUGGACUUGUGUGGUGUUCUCUUUGCAAAGGAAGUUCAAAAUUGGUUUGGGAAAAUUUUUCAAAAUUAUAGGUUUAUUCAUGAUUAGUUGUAUUAAAAUACUGGGUGAUUUAGUAAUUUAGUGACUAUAAAAUUACAUAUAAGGGUUCCUUGUUGCCUGCUUUUGUGUCUUUGAGAUGUGUGAUGAAAGAAAUCAAAAAGCAAUCUGCUUCCGCUUUUUUGCAGAGAGGUUUCACCAUCCCAUGAGAUAGGUUAUUGGCUGUUUAUUAUUGAAUCUAGUUUAAUUUAUAUAUUUAAAAAAAACCCACAAACCAACCCAGGUAGAGCAUAUCCUUUAGUGAGGUGGGACAUUAGGUUCCUUUGAGUCAGGGAAUGUUUGAAUUGAAUUCCUUCCAAAUAAGUGAAGUUUUGGAUCUAUUUUCCUACUUCAUGUGUGUAUCUCUUUAUGCCAUGCUAGUUUUAGCCACUCCCUUCUUUUGGAAGCUUCUUUUCUUUGCUUUUUAAAGGAACGGCAGUGAUCAGCAUGUAUUGUGCUGAAACCAUGUGCCUGAGCUUAUGGAGGGGAAAUGUCAUAACUGUUUUUAAUCCUUAUAUGCCCUACUUUUAAAACAAGUAUUUAUUGAACUCUUACUUUUAUGGGCCAAAAAGAAAAUGUUUGUAAUGUAUUUAAUUUUUUUAAUCAUGAAAAAUUGGUUGGAAGAUUUAUUUUUUGAAUAGCUUUGUCUUUUCUUCAGAUUGAGAAAUUUCUAAAUUAUAAAUUAUGUUUUGAAGCAAGAUUUUUCACCAUAAAUUUAUUCUGCAAAGGUGAGGAAGAUAGAUAAGUUGACAGCUUUUCAUCAGUGAACCUUAUGUUAGUGAGCUUUCCUUACUGUACAUAUAGGGAUGAUUAUGGGUAGUUAACCUUGGCUCAGAAAAUAUCAUUUAGUAUUCGGGACUAUUUUCUGAUUUUUAGUACAAACUCAAACAUCAUUGGAUAAUUGCCAUCCAUUCCCAUUGGUUUCACUUAGUUCCCAUUGUGUACUAAUGAAAGCUUAUAGCAAAAUAACAUGUCUUCCUCAUUCUCCUUUCUGAGCAAAGGGAAGUUUCUAAUCAUUGUCAUCAUAGAUUGGAAUUUUAUCUAUCCUGGCUCUUUGUCCUGUGCACUGGCUGCUUAAAACUCUUCAGUUAACAAAACCUGCAGUAAAUUGCACAUUAUGUUGUUUGCAGUUCUCUGUUUUGUGUGCAUUGAAAAGCCCUUUUCUGCUUUCUAGUAAGGAGGCAUGCCAUGGUCAGGAAUGUUGCCAGUUAUAGCUUCACACCAAAAAUUUCGAGUAAAUUAGUGUUCAAGUAGUCCCCCGUGCUGAGGCCAGAGGGAGGAACACCUUUAGAAAGCACUGGUGCAGGGUCAAAGACAGUGCAAGUAUUCCUUUUCCUCUCAUCUCACCCAGUUGAAAGAUUACAUAGCUUUUGAUUUGAUUUGCUCUUGCCAUUUGCCUGGAUUGUUCCCUUGGUUGAAAAGAGAAGUACAUUUCUAUAAUACCAAGAGGCUAGAACAAUUACCCUCUUGCCAAAGAGUCAGUGUAGCAAUUUUAAUCUCUUGGUAGAUAUAUUUAUUUAUAUGAAAACAAUGAAGUAAAGCUUUUUUUCUUUUUUUCAUUCUGAAAAUCUAAAAAUUAACUACUUCUAUGGAAUGUUUAGAGGUAAUACUGGCAUUAAAAGCAAAUCUUACAUUAGGAAUAUGGUCCUCUUUGGGUGGAAAAUUGCUGGUAUUUUAGACUGAGGUACACAAUGCAUAGUAGAAUAAAUACCAUGACACAAAAAGAGUCGCUUUAUUUCUGCAGUGGUUUGGGACCAUUUGUAAAGGCCAGUUAGGUACAGUUCAUACUGAUUUCGUUUACAGAAUUGCUGCAGUUAAUGGAAGUAUCCUAUGCUGUAGAAGUCAGAAUCACCAUUUCAAUGUAUGCUAUCUUCUGCUUGUGUAUUAGAUUACUUAUCUAAUAGCAUCUGAAGAAAAGUUGUAUUUUCUCUCCUUUAUUACCCCCACACAAUAAUAAUUAUUAUUAUUUGACUUAAAAUACUAUUUCAUUUCCUCUGUGGAAUUGGCUUAGCAUUUUGCACAUCUGGGUAGGUUAUGUCGCUAGUAUACAGUUGUUCACAAUAUUGAAUGGCGGUUACACUUAACCCACCAACUAACAGACUAUGCAAUGGAAGGAUUUUUCUAAUAUUUGUUCUGUAGGUUAUAUAGUGAAGGAUUAUUUUCUAGAAUAACCUACCACAUGUGGGAAAAUUGCUUGUAAAUAACUUUUCUGAGCAAUUUCAUGUUGGCAAGCAAUGUGGCAUAUAUAUAAAAUGCCCCUCCAUGAGAAAACUUUAAUUUAUUGAAAAAAAAAGGUAAUAGAUAUGGAGAUCAAGUAAGAAGUGUUGUGUGUUUUUUGUUUGUUUUAUUUUGUUUUGGUUUUGGUGGUGGUAUAGCUUGUAGUUUAAAUCUAAAGAAAGCUAACAGCUUUUUUCUUCACCCAGUAAUUCUGUAGGGAAUUAAUUUCUUCCAAGGAAAUGUUUAUGUAGUUAAUUGCAUACUUAAAAACUCAGUGAGUCUCAAACUAGAAAGUUCAGAAUGAUCAGUAUUGUUUUCUUUAAUGACACUAAACUUGAGCUCAUUUUCAGCCUAUGAUUACGUUAAUCCAUAGAGAGAAGUUUUAUUCAUUAAAAGGUAAGAAAAUUAAAAUAUUUGCUGCAUAUUGGUGUCCCUUCAGUUCCGUUUUCCUCUUGAAUAAUUGCUUAUAUCAAAGAAUUUAUCUUACUUGUGAGUCGGACCAACCAGCCGUAUAAAUUGGAACUAUAAACUUUGGGAACAUGUGUACAAGAAAUUAUAGUCAUAGCAAUUUUGAAAUCAUAGAUAUUUCAUUAUUAGAAACUUCCCUCAUCCUUUAUGAGAUCUUGAACAACAUUUAAGAGCAAGUAUUAGUGGUGGCAGGAAUAAAACAAUAGCUGUUUGUACCAAUUUUGAGUAAAAUGUGUAUAAAGUGCUUGCAAAAAGGACAGGUAGGAAGAUUUACAACACUAAUUGUUCAGUAAUUUUGCAAUCCAUUUAAAUUAAUCAUCUUUUCUUUUAACUUUUAAUGUCUGUAAUCUGUUUUCUUCCUCCUGUCCCCUCUAGCUCUUGCCCUUUCCUUUGUAAAUGAAGUAUGCCAAAAGUCUUGAAUCUGGUGUAUUUUAAGGCCUUAAAUAUAGUCCUUUUCUAAAUGUCGCUUACAGAACCCUAGGGUUUUGUGGAACAUUUCUAAGGAUACCUUCAAAAGAAAAUCUAGUCACAUUCAACAAGUUUCAUGUGUGUCUGCCUUUUCUCCAUGGCCCUUCAGACUACACCAAAGGUUGGGGUUUUAGGGUAGUCAGAAUGAUGCAAAAUGAAGUAGUUGUGAUUAAGUGGAAAGGCUUCCCUAUAUUAGAUGUUUAGAUUGAAUGUCUGACCGACAGAAUAUUCUUUUUGGAGUAAUUUUCUCCUGACUGAAAGAGAAAGUUAUCACUCAUAUGUAUGUAGGUGUAUGUGUGUCUGUACAUACAUAUACAUGCAUGUGUGUAUACACAUACACACUAUAUAUAUAUAUAUGACAGCACAGAAAUAGAGUAGAUGUUUUAGUUCAAUUUGGAAGCAGUUGUCCUUUCUGUCAGUCUUACAUAUAAGUAGAACCAUUUAACUAUUUCUUAAUAGGAUAACAUUUUAUGAUUCAAACCCAUCAUUUAAAAUGUGGCCAAGAGAAAAUCCAUGUUUCAAGUAACUGACUAUUUUAGAAAGAAUAGCUCUCCAUGGAUUUUUACUGGCAUACUAGAAAGGAGCUGAGUUUGUUCAUGUAGCUCUGUUGUUUUUCCUUCAAACAUUUACUUAGGAAAAAACCCCAGAAAUACAUGGCAAUGUGGAUUCUUCUCCUUAUUGUCAGUUACUUUGUCAGUAAAUGCUAAAUAUGAAUCAACUUCAGGGAGAUUUUUUCUAAACAGCAAACAUUUUACUCUUCUUUUGGUUGUUGGCUUUCUUCACUGCUUUCAUUUUUUGUGGCAUCACCUGCUUCAGAUCUCUUGGUACCUUGGUGUUAAUAAUAAGGUGUUAUGUGUCUUAUACUUGGUAGAAGGAAAUAUAUUCUAUAUGGCAAUUUGGAGGGAGAAUAUGGCAUCAUUUCCUUUUUUAUCCAUCAUCUCCUAUCACUGGGGGAUUUGGGCUAUUUUGUCUGACAUGUUUUUUGAUCUUCUAGAAUUUAGUCUACAGAAAAAUCUAUAUGAGAAAAACUUAGAAAUCUAUAAAUAAUCUAUUUAAGAUAGCACAGUUCUUUUCUUUCUCUUCUGCCUACUUGCCUCUGCCCACUUCUCAAUAAUGAAACACAUACACAUAGUGUAUGAGCUAUACCUUAUUCUGGUCUGAGUAAUAGAAACAUCUUUCACUUUUUUUUUUUUAAAGCUGGGGACCACUGAAGUAAGCUCUAUAUGCACCCAGAGUUCCCCAUGGAAAAUUUUCAGCAUGCAGUGCAGAAGGCUUCAAUGCAGCUAAAUGCCACACCAUUGCUUUUACUUUGGGAGUAGACUGAUUUGCCCUGAAAUGACUCCAAUCUUCAGCAUUAAGGUACAGUUGGUUCCAGUGGAUCAAUGCUGCAAUGAUGGAAAGUUUGAUACUUGUUGAUAGUAUCUUCAUCUGCUUGGAUGGGUUGAACCAGUUCCUCUGAACAGUGAUGAUUAUUUUCACUGUACAGUUUGAGUAUGUCUCAGGGAUUCCUUGUGGAAAUAAGGGCAAUUUAAUAAAAAACAAAAAACUAAAUAGUUUUUAAAAGAAAAUAAAGGUAGAAUAUCAUCAAAGAGAGCGCAAGAAAGAGAAAACACAUUGAGUUUUGUAGUCCACAGUGCUUUCCUAGGGACUCUUUCUUUCUCCUUGGGGCUCUCAUCUCAAUUUCAGCAUACAGAAUAUUUUUCCAUCACGCUCAGCUUUAAAAGUUUUAUUUAAAAGUUCCCUUCCCCAAUGAGCUUUCAGAAUACUUAUUGUAGAUUUUAAGAGAAAAAGGUAUAUUAAUUUAUGCUAUUAACAUCACCUCAUAAAUUAUAAGUUUUAUACUAAAGCUGUAUUGAGUGUAAUGAAUUAUGUUUCCUAUGUGUUUUAAUAGCUAUAAAAUUAUAUACAAGCUUUUUUUUUUUUUUUUGGUGAAAAACAAACUAGUGAAGCACCUUUUUACACUGGAUCUCUGCCGUGUCAAGGUGUAUAGCUAUUCUUUGCUACCUUGCAGAUAUAUAAAAUAAAAUGGUAUCCUGCAGCCUCAAAAUGUAGAACAUCUUUUAGCCCAUUUAUUACUGCUCAUAGAAUUCUUGAGUAUUUCAUUCUUUAGUAAAUGAUCGUGGUUUACACUUAAGACGGCUAGAAGCUUAGUUACAGGGUAAAUAGAAAUACAUAGAUCAAAUAAAAACUCCAACUACUGUAGCUGGAAUUGUGAACUAAGUUUGUAAGACCUCUUUUUUUUUCCUAUGGAUUUAUUCUUUGAUUUACAGUUCAUUCUGUAAGUUGGGAAAUCAAAAAGAGAGAAAAUGUCAAAUCUAGAUGUUCUCAGUGUCUUAUUCAGGAACUUUUACCCCUCCUCACUAAGGAAUUCCCACUGUGACUUAAAAAUAGAAUUAAAUUACUUGUGUGCAUGUAUGUAUUUGUGUUUUACACACAUGCAAAAAUAUGCAUUGGGGGAGUGUGUGUGUGUGUGUGUAUGUGUGUGUGUGAGAGAGAGAUGAAUGUGUAUGUAGGGUAAAAUAGAGAAAAGUAGCAACACAAGGUGAUGGAAUGUAUUGUAGAAAUAUGAUUUAUUUAGUUGAGGGGAUUGGACUUAUUUUCUCAUUGUCGCUAUUGUAUAAAUACACCAAAUUCUUUAUUAUGUUAUGUUAAAAGGCUAGCUCUGAUAUCAUGUGCAUUUUAUUUUAAACCUUUUGAUUGACUUGCAUUGUGCUCCAUUUUUUAAAAAUGGCAUGAGAAAUACCAGGCUCUAAGACACCCUUCUGUCCCCUCCUUUUUUUUUUUUUUUUAAAUGAGAGAGAGGAAAUGAGGUGUUACCUGUAUUUUAUUGUGGGGUAGUGGGACCAGAUAUCCGUUGUAAAUUUUUAAGUUAAUAGUAAAUUACUUUAUUCUCUGACUUUGAAAAUAUUGCCCAACAUUUUGAUUUGAAAAGUAUUGUGGUAGGCAUUUUUUUUUAAUAAUGCCAUUUUCAUAGGUAACUGCUUUGUUUUCCUAAGGAGUUGGUGGGAUCAUUUCACUAUGCUUCAAAGCUAGGAAGAGUUUAAAUUCCUUUAAACAUAUUUUUAUCUCAACUGGCGUAUCCAUUUUGAAUUUAGGACAAUUUUAUUUCCCAUAUUUUGUCCAAGGGGAUGAUGAUGCUUUCUCUUAGACCUUUAUCUAAGAGUUAACUUUAGAAGAGACAUUCCUAUUUAUUUUGGUUUUUAAAGUCAUUAUUCUGUUAUACUUCACUGUAAUAUACAGCAGUCUGAAGUAACUAAAACCAUAGAUGUUACUGAAUUUUUCAUUCAUGUUUUUAAUAAUGAAAUCAUGUAUUUUAAAAAUCUUUUAAAACAGCUUCUCAUAAUACACAGAUAUUUGUCAUUUGAUUUUUGAAGCCACAUUUACUUAAAUGCAGUCAAAACCUAGAAAAGCUCUGUAUGUGGUUCUUCUUACAGUUGUACUUUUCCAGCAUCUCCCAAGUUCACUCUCUCUGUGGAUUUUUUUUUCUAAAUUUGUUUCCUGCAUAUUUCUUGUACAUAAGCAUGCAAAUGAAAGAGGAGAGUUUGUACUGGUGCCAUUCUCCCUUCAGUUGUUUGUAAUGGGAUUUACCAAAAUAAAUUCCCCAUUCAUCAGUGAAGGGAAAAAGACCCUUUUAAUGUAUAUUUGUACAGAGAUGUGUAUAUCAGAUGUGGUGGCACUUUGCUGAAUGUAAACUUGCCCUUGUCAAUGGAAAGAUGAAAAAGUAUUAUGUUUAUUUAUACAUUUGUAUAAUCUAAAUCUAUAUAGACACGUAUGUAUAUGUGUGUAUAUAGAUAGAGCUAUAUACAUAUAUUUCCCCAAAAGUGUGUGUAUAAUAGAGAAAUAGCCUUUGUUAACAAGAUUAAUACGUCAGCGGUGGGGUUCUAAGAUGAAACUGUAAACCAGACAAAAUGACUAUCUAGGGCACAUCACCAUAACUCCCUAGGAUAGAAGUCCUUCGAAUUAUAGUCUUAUUUCUGUUUAUAAUCAAUUCAUACCCUAUAAAAAUUAUUUCUAUUGUCCAUUUCCUUGAUCCUUAUUACCAUCACCACCAACUAUUGUUCACUUUCAUCAUUUAAAAGCCAAACUUCAAUGCUCCUCUCACUUUAAUUACUUCCAUUCUAGCCCAAAGCAUUUGGUUUAACCACCCCGUCUUUUAUUGAUAUCACUGUUGUUUGUUCCUUUAAAAGGCCUUUAUUUCAGAGGUUUCCUAGAAAACUUAGGUCUCAAUAGCAUACACUGCACAGAUUUGGAAAGGUGGGUUUAAAUUCUGUCUGUCUGAAAAAAUGUCCCACCUAUUUAGGAAUUUUAUCUAGAACAUUUUUUAAAGUUGUUGCUAAAAGAGUAAGAAUUGUAAUAGUUAAAGCUUUUUAUAAGUUACAGUAGUGUCUGUAGAGAAAACAUGUUUAUUCCCUCCUUUAUUCUUUUGUUCAUUUGGCAUUUGAAAAUUUCGGUUCACAUUGUAGUUAACUUGCCACUUUCACUUUCUUUUUCAGUGACAGUUAAAAACCUACUCAACCACAUGUAAGCCUCUUAAAAUCUGUGGCUAACCCAUACUUUAAUUCAUGUUAUAAUUGCUCUUUAAAUUCUCAUCUCUUCUAGUGAAAUCUCAUUCUUAUAUGAUAAAUUCUUGGCAAUAUGGCCUUUGAUAGUCUCAUGAUAGUGACAUUGAGUUUUAUCUUUGCUGCAGUUUUAUAGAAAACUUACAUCCAUUUAUAAUUGUGCCUUCUAAACUCUUAUGCACACACGAAACAAAGUGUAUAUAUACAUGUUGGAGCAUGUGUACAUAUAUGAGCAUAUAUACUCACACAGUAUGUCUUUAGUAUAUAUUAUGUGAGUGAAUAUAUAGAUACUCAGAGACAAUGAAUAAUUGUUCUCCUGAUAUAUACUCAUGCAUAUGUAUAUUAAUAUAUGUAUAUAAGUAGUGUGGAUAUACUGUAUAUACACAUGUAUAUGUAUGAGUUUUGGAUGGCAAUUUUUUACAUUUAGCAAAAUGCUGCCCCUACUAGAAUAUUGUCCCUGCAGUGGCAGGUGUAUGUAACAAACUGUCAAAAAUGUAACAUUAUUAAAAAAUUAUUUAAAAAAAAUUUUAAAUUUUAAAUCAUCUAAAAGUCAUUGGGAAAUUAUUUAUUUAUUAUUAUUUUGUUUCCUUAUUUGUCGUUGUUAUAAAUUAAAUUGCAAGGGAAGCGGUCCUAAAAGUUGUCAUCUGUUCAAAGGGAGUGAGAGAGAGCUGGAGGUGCACUUGAAGAACUUGUGUGGUUUUUCCUGUCUCUGAAACAGAGAUGUGCUACAACCAGUCUGGUCAUUUCAAUUACAAAGACACCCUAACCUUUCCUUUAGUACACUUUGUCUACUAUCCCCUAGAUCAAUAGUGGUCCACCAUUGGUUGCCUGUUUAUUUCAUUAAUAUAUAAUGAUAACUAAAAUUGAUUUGACUGAGGAGAGUUAAAUAUUCUCCUCCUGCUGCAGGGAGAAAAUAUCACCUCAUUGUUACCUAGCCUUGCUCAAAAUACACCUUAGAGAGUGUGGAUUUCUCAUGAAGCUGUCUGAAGCGAGCCUUUCAUUUAUUUAAUAUAAAGUAUCUUCACUAAGAAUUCUGUUAAAGGAAUUUUUGAGACUGUUCAUACUGGACAUAGGCCUAACUCUUCGUUAGACCCACAGCCUCAAGUGUUUUUCAGUGAUUUAUCAUGCCGAUUGCAAGAACGUUAAGAAAAUUCUUAAUUGCCAUUUGAUUUUGUGAUUGAAUGGCAGAACAGAUUACCUCCUCAAGACAUAAUAGAGAAAAAAAUGGUAGAUGGACAAUCGUAAAUUUCAAGACAUUACAGAAAGCAGUGGACUUGACUAAGAGUCUACCUUAAGACUGUCCUAGAGAGGUUCGUGUUCCUGUCAUUUGAAAAGUUAGCCUAGCCACAGCCAGAUAUCAGAAGCAGCCUUACAACACAGAGCCUUGUGGUAGUUGUUUAGCUGCUAGAAUGCUGUAGAAUAUGAACCAGUUACAGUGGGGAAUCCGAUAGGAGGCAGCACAUAUGGAACAGUGAACGACAGCUUGCACACUUUCAUUUUCUUUCUUUCUUUCUUUCUUUUUUAAAGUAGCUGCACGGUAGCAAGGACUAGCAGUCCUUUCCCCCAGUCCUUCUUUUUUCAUUGUCCCCUUUCACCUUGGCACACAAAGUUUGCUAACAUGCCAUACAUCGAAAAUGCUCACAGAAAAGAAAAACAAUAACUGCUUAAAGGGAACAUACAAACUUCAGUUCUCCUCUGUAUUAGUAGUGGCUGAAAGCUUAGUUAGUAUGCACAAGAGCCUGAUGCCAUUUGUUUCUGCAGAGACCGCUUUUAAACAAUGGGUGGGAGCAAGAUGAGGAGAGAAAUGGUUUUUUGGCCAGAGCCCCCAGUUCUGAUCAAAAUUCACACCAAUGGCUUUCAAAGCAGGUGUGCUGGAGGACCACAUUUUAGGAGCAGGUAGGCUUCUGGUUUGUAUUUUCCCUUUAAACAGAAAGAGUUGGCUCACAUUUUCCAUAUAUAUCUCAAUGAAUGUACUGUAUGACCAUUUAAAAAAUUUGAUGAAAUAAUAAUGGAUUGGUCUCCUUUUGUUAUCUGGUCCUUGUUUAAUUUGUUUAAGGGUUUUUGUAUACAAAAGUUUACAUUUUUAUGUAUAUUUUUCUUGUGUAAAAACCGAUGUAAUAUGUGUAUAAAACACUGUAUGUAUUAUCUGUAUAUAGUGUGACAAAAUGAUUUUUCUUUCUUUCUUUUGGAUGUAUUAAUAAAUC